GAGAGCAAACUAAAGGGUGAUGGGGAACUUGCUGCUGGGAUGCUCAGCCGCCGGGGAACGGCUGGUGACGGCGGCGAGGGACGGAGACGUGAUUGAGGCGCAGAAGCUCGUGGAGAUGAAUCCUGGUCUCGCUAGAUACGCAACGUUUGCCGGUAUCAGCUCGCCGUUGCAUGCGGCCGCCGCCAGAGGCCAUGCUGAGAUUGUGAUGAUGUUGCUGGAGAAGGGAGCAAACUUGAACUCGAAGAACAUUUGCGGCCAUACUCCAUUGAUGGAAGCAUGCUGCAGUGGUCGAUGGGAGGUAGUGCAGAUUCUACUGCUCUUCAGGUGCAACGUAUCGAAAGUGGAGCUCUUGAGUGGCAGAACGGCACUUCACUUUGCAUCUGCUGGUGGACACGCUCGAUGCAUUAGACUGCUGGCUGCAGAUUUUUGUCCUGGUUUUUCUCUUUCUACAGAAACCGAUUCUCUUGCGCUCACAAGGUUCAUCAAUAAGGCCGCAAAUGGUGGCAUAACCGCCCUCCACCUAGCUGCACUAAAUGGGCACUCAGAUUGCGUGCAUCUGCUAGUUGAUCUACAUGCCAAUAUCUCAGCCGCGACGCUCUCUUAUGCAUCUUCGGCAAUGGCAAUAGGGGUCGGAAGCACACCUUUGCAUUAUGCUGCAUGUGGUGGAAACCUCAAGUGCUGCCAGGUUCUUCUCGCUCGAGGAGCAAGAAGAACUGCUGUGAAUUGCAAUGGGUGGCUUCCAGUUGAUGUUGCAAGGAUUUGUGGAUCUCAUUGGCUUAUACCCUUGCUAACACCCCAUUCUAGCCAAUUAGUCCCUGCCUUUCCUCCAUCAAACUACUUGCCCUUGCCUCUCAUGAGCAUCUUGCAAAUAGCAAGAAUUAACGGUUUGCAUUCUUCUACUUCCUCUUGUGCUGAGAGCGACCUAUGUGCUGUUUGCUUGGAGAGAACUUGCACGGUAGCUGCUGAAGGUUGCGGUCAUGAACUCUGCACCAGGUGUGCACUGUGUCUUUGCUCGACGAGCAGCAUCGACUCAGAGAUGUCAACACCACCUAGUUCAGUUCCCUGUCCUCUCUGUAGGAAAGGGAUCGUAUCUUUUGUAAGCUUGCCAACAACUGAAAUAGAGGCAGGCCAAGGCAUUAGCCUCUGCAGCAAAUGCAGUGGUCAAUGCCAGAAUCCAUUUGCUACAGCCUGUGGAUCUGAGUUGUGUAGGAACCCGUUUGAGAUAGUUCCUCCAGCACUUUGUGGGGGAGUUUCCUCGAUGGCAUAUCGCAAUGAAUGAUUAGCACAUUCUUUUAUAUGAAUGUAGAAGAAAGCUUGUGAAAGAUUUGGUUUGUAAAUUCUUACUCAGGCGCAUGGCUUUUACUCUGUA